AUGGGAUUUGUGUUGUUUGUCGUGUGUUUCAUUCUCUUUCUCUCCGACCUCUCGCAUGCUUUAGUGAAUCUCCCUGUGGUGGCUCAAUGGCGAAUGAGGAGGGGCAUGGGCGGAUUCUUUCAGUCGGGUCUUGCUGUGUCGAGGGCGAGGAGAGCUCCAUUCGGAGAGGCUGCCCUCGUCCAUCACCGAGAUAGCGCAGAGGAGCGGGUCUUUGCCGCCCGCAUAAGCGACGGCAAGCACGCGCUCUGGGAUGUAGGUGUCCUUAGGCAUCCGGUCAGCAGGGACGCCGGCGUCGUGGUACAUUCAUAUCGAAGAGAUGAGUUGAAGCCGGCGGACGUGGACGAGCUGUUUGCUCUGACCAAGAGGAAUAUGAAGGAGAUGUAUGAACGCUCUAGCUGGGGUUGGAGUGACGUGGACAAGCGGCUAGCCUUUGAUAGCCCUCCCUCCCGCUUCUUGAUUGCGACAGUGCACGGCAGGCUAGUCGCCUUCGCGCAUUAUCAGUUUGAGGUGCUGGAGGACGAGAGGACGCAAGUUCCCUUCGCGAGCUUGUACGUCCUGGAGCUCCAGGUGGAAAAUGAUUUUCAACGGAGAGGAAUCGGCAGAUUGCUGCUCGACUUGCUUUGUUCGAAUGCCUCAGGCAAUGGAAGAACGAGACGAGGGGAGGAGACGUCGCUGACUUGUCGCCCCCCAGCCAUGAAGAUGGACUCAGUCAUGCUCUGUGUCUUCCGAUACAACACGAACGCCCUCGCCUUCUACAAGAACAGUGGCUUCAACCCUGACACAUCAUCAGACUACAAUCAAGUGCUUGUUGACGACUUUCAACUUCUUUGCUGA